GAAGCAAGAUGGGAUGUGAUCCUCGUCCUGAAGUAGAGGAUUUCAAAAAGAAUAUUCAAGAUCCGUGCACUGCGCUGAAGCGCGAGCAGCACAUAAUGAAUACAGUGCGACGUCGUGAAAUGAAUCACCUACGCUUUCUUCUUGGUUCCAUGUUGACGAAUGCUAUCACCAACGCAGCAGAGCAGGAGUGCCUCUGUGCAGGUUGGACCUCAGCCC